CCUUUUAAAAUGUAACCGAUGCAGCGUUGGUCCUCCAGGCUCGGCCUAUUAGCUUGGGUGAAAUCGGACACCUUCUACUUUUCUAUCAAAUCUCCACCCCUCUCUUUCUUCGCGAAAUGCAGACAAAUUCCUUGAAGUCUUCUUCCUUUGUUUAUGCCUAAAUGCGAAAUACCAGACUCGUGAAAUUGAUCAGUCUCUCUCGCGUUUUGUUUUAUUUCUGUAGCCCAACAACCUCGGCAAACCUUUUGAGUAUAUUUUAUUAUUAUUUCAAAAACCAUGCCACGUAGGUCCUCCAGACUAACUUGAGAAGUGCCGAGACUUGUCAAUAAGACAAGGAUUCGGGUUAUAGAGAGUUUUCAAACCGACGUAAUGAAAAGGCCUAAUCUGAAACUCAUCCGACAUUCAAGGUGGGAAAACCAAGUGAUAAGAGGCUAAAGUUUACUCCAUCUUUAUAUCUACAUCACCUGUGACCUACCGAGCUGACAUGGAGGGAGAGAAGGAGCGUGAGCGGGAGAGAGGAGAAGAGAAAGAGAGUGAUGACAUGGAGGACAGCGAGGGGGCCUCUCUAGUGUGGCAGAAGGACUACGCGGAGGACGAACUGGGACUACCCAUAAUGCACUGGGAGGAUCUAAACCUGCGAAUAGCCGAACUUGAAAAACAAGAAGAGGAGAGAAAAGAAAAAGAGGGCAUCGAGGGACUUUCAAACUGGAGAGGUCAACAUCUAGACAUCCAUCGAGAUGACUGGGAAGAGAGAGAGGACCUGAAUAGCCGCGUGACUGCGCUGACAUCACGUUUUCAGAGCCAUAUGAAUCUGCAGCUGUGCUUCAUUAAUGACAGUGAGAGUGAGGAGGAGGCCGAGGACGCAGCCAAUGUACAGGAAAAGACCUCUAAGAAAACAGGGAAGAAGGGUGCACAGUCAGCGGCAACUAAUGGAGCCACAAGCAAACGGAAAUCAGGUUUUAAGAUGGAGGUCAGAGCUGCCUUGAGUGCUCUCAGAGACAAGCUGUGGACAGAACAGAGUCCUAAGGUACUGAAUAGAAAGAAAACCCUCGACCGAAGCGAGCUACAGAUACUCAGCAUGAAGGAGCUCACUGUAUUACACAAAUCCCUUACUAAAGAUAUUCAAGAGCUCAGCUCCGACCUGGUUGGUCGCCUGUUGACACGGGAUCAGCUGAGGACUGAGCAGGACGCUAUGCUUUUGGAGGUCCAAGACCUGACAGCAUGCUAACGCCGCCGAUGUCAGACUGCUGCUAGCUACACAUUACUGUGAACUGAAUCCGUCUUAAAGACGUGGGAUUGCACAGUAUUUCUUAAAACAUUCAAGAAAAAUCACAUUGAUAGCUUUGUUUUUGUUUUUUUGUUGUUGUUGAAUCAGUUUUCACAGCUUUGGCUGAGACAGUUAAAAGGUCUAGGACCUAGAGAGUCUUGUUAUCAUGGAUAAAUGUCUGUCGACCAAUGUGCUCAGGGCACCUUUCAAGACACAUGCAAAUCGCUAUUUAAAAGGUCCACUUUGUAAUAUUUUUUGCAAAUUCUUUCCAGAAUUCAUGUUGCCCAUUCACAAAUGUUACCUUUUUCGCAAAUACUUACCACCACCAUCAAAUCCUAAGCAUUCAUUAUGACUGGGAAAAUAGCCCCUUUCAUACAUGAAAAGGUGGAGCUUCUCCAUGUCCACCAUUUUGAAUUUCUAGAAAUAGACAUUUUUAGCUGUAACACUUACUGUACUUGGGUCAUACUAGUAGAUAUUAGUUUAUUAUUAAGUAAAUAUUCAGGAAAAGAUCAUUAUUUGGCAUUAGGCAGCAUAGUUUCAAUAAGCAGGAUAGUUGCAGUACCUACUCUGGCCACCAUCCUGCACAGUGCACCUUUAAGAAAUGCUAAGAGUCAACAUGGAAGAGCACUUCCGUCCCAAUAUGAUCAGGGUCCCUGCACAUGAACUCCAGGGUUAGGAACAUUUCUGGAGUACACAGACUUUUAUUAUAUAGAAUGUUUGUGAAUGCAGCACUUUAUCAAUUCUAGUCUUUCAAUAAUUAUAAAAAAACAGAACAGCUUUUGAACAAAAGUCCGUCUUUAAGCCAUUUACAAAAGGCCGAGCCUAUUUUAAAAACACCCUUGAAUGAGUUAUGCAACUUAUAUAAGGGAAUUGUCUAUGAAUGUUUACUAACAUGAUGUUAUAAGGGACCUGUCCCUCAUUAGUCAUCUACAUACGUACUUUUCUAAUCUUUUUUU